CAUUAAACGCCGUUCUUCGUCUCCAACAGCAAACACAUCCAGCAUCCGCUUUGCCCAUAUUCCCCUCCUCCAAGCACAAGCCUCCCUCUCCCUGCGCAAACUAGCAGGCGAAUUCUUCUCCAAUCGGGCGAAGCUAAUUGAUUUUCAGUACGGAAGAGAGGGAGUGACUCGAAAGAUUCGAUUUGGAAGAUGGAGGAGCAGGAGGCGGAGGGGAGGGCGGCGAGGCUUGGCGUGCUCAAGGUAGUGGUGGCGCAGGGGACCAACCUCGCCAUCAGGGACUUCACCUCCAGCGACCCUUACGUCGUCGUCCGCCUCGCAGAUAGGAACGCAAAAACAAAAGUAAUCAACAGUUGCCUCAAUCCAGUUUGGAACGAAGAGAUGGUCUUCUCCAUCAAGGAGCCAGUAGGGGUCAUCAAAUUUGAGGUAUUCGAUCGGGACCGGUUCAAGCAGGACGACAAGAUGGGCCACGCCUUCCUGGACCUGCAGCCGGUGGCCGCGGCGACGAAGCUGCGGCGCGCGCUCCAGCUGACGACAGGGGAGACCAAGCUCCGGAAGGUGGCCCCCGGCGCCGACAACUGCCUCAUCUCCGACACCUUCGUGACGUACUCCGGUGGGGAGGUCGUGCUCGACUGCCGGCUGCGCCUGCGGGAUGUCGAGUCCGGCGAGCUCUUUGUCACCAUCAAGUGGAUCGAAGCCGUCGCCAGAUGAGAUGCAGUUCUUGCAGGUUAGAUGAGAUGACCUGUGGAGUAGGGAUCUUUGCGUGCCAGCGUGUGCUAUUGAUCGACUGUCUGAUAUAUGUAUCUCAAGUUUUCAGUCAGUUCGAGCAAUGUUCUUGUGAUGUUUUGUGGAUUCUAUUUUUCGUUUGGUAAUUACGGGAAACCUCGGUGCUUUCACCUUAGCGUAGGGACCCAGUCCAGUACUGUAAUGUCCAGAGUAUCUUCAGGCGGCAGCCUCCAAGUUUUCAAUAGAGCUUGGGCCUUGGUACAUCGCAUAACA